AUGGCUUGGAAUCCAAAAGACGACAUAUUUAAAGAAUUUGCCAUGACUUUUGAUAGUCAAUUGCUGCACUGGGAAGAUUGGGUUAAAAUUAGAAACGAAGAGAUUGUGGAAUUGAGCAAAAGAAUGGAGAGACCACCAGCAGACCUAGCAAUGAACGUUUUAGAAAAUAUACGCCCAAAAAAGGAACGCAAGAAGGUGCUAGAAGAAGCUCAGGUGCUGAGAGAACCACAUAUCAGAGACAGUUUAUGGGAAAAUGCAAAUCGGUUUCGACAACGAUGUCGCUGUGACAAUGUUUACGAAGUAAAAAGAACUCGUGCCGAAAAGGGUCAUCCAAGAGUAAUUGAACACGUUCGAAGUCCAGAUUAUAUACAAAAAACAGAAAAAGGCUUAAUGGGUGUACCGGAACGAAAACCAUGUCCGAAAUUAGAAGCGGAUUACCUAAAAUAUAGGGACAAACGCGAAGAAGAAUUAAAGGAGCAAAUACUAAAGAUUGAUCCUUUCAGGGCUGAAAUUGAGGAAUUGUGCGUUAUAGGAACCGGACCUAAACCUCCACCAAAACGGAAACCAAUUUUGCCAAAUAUUGAGAUUACGGAACCAAAUUGGCCGUGCCGUGACGCUUUAGCAGGGGUCUAUGCUCUUAGAAUAAAUAAUACAGUUUUUUACAAAGACAACCCUGAACAAACAAAUCAACUAAACUAUUUCCAAAAAAUGCAGAAAGAACCUUGGCAUGAGCCAUGCACUUGGUGGACGUAUUAUUUCAAAGUACCAGAAAGUAAGAUAGGAAGAAGCAAAAUAUACUUGGAGAAUUUAGGAACAGUUACCUUAUCGUAUUGCUGGAAGAGAAUUAAGAAAACCAUUCCAUUCAUACCUGAAGAUAAUACUCAAUCACAAAAAUUCUUUUUCCGAAAAGGGGAAGAUGUGAUUGCUCCAGGACAGAGAAAGGUAAUUUGCUUAACCUUUGUUUCUGAUGUGGUCGGAAUUUUCAAUGUGACAUGGGAGCUCAGUCUAAGUAACGUAUGUUUAUUUGAUGAUCUUUCAAAGAAAUUUAUCUUCAACUUAGUAGGUGACGCGUAUGAAAAUAUUAAGAAUAUGUCAAGAAAAAUUGAAAAACUGGAAAGCAGAAUUGAAAUCAAAGCAAUUAAUAAAGCUAUUUACGAUAUGCUCAAUGAUGUGAUUAUAAAAGCUACUGAAGCUGAGCACCAGAUAUAUCCUUAUAAAAAAAUGCUUUUGGAACGUGAAAUGUUCGUAGCUAUGAAUCCGGUAUGCUUUUACCACCAGACAGAAGUUCAAAGAUUGAAGGAACUUUACGAGGAAAUGACUGGGAAGGAGUGGGAUUUAUCGAUACCGACUUGGCGUCAGGCAAUGAUUGAGAAAGAAUUUGAUGAGAGGAUGAGUUAUUACGAUGCAUUGAAGAUAUCCCACGCUAUACUGCUCAAACCCGUUUUGGAAGGAGAAGAUGUACUUAUGCAGAAAUAUAGAGCAGUUAAAUUAAUAUUAGGACAAUUAUUCGACAGGUUUUAUGACGAAUACGAUCGUGUGAGCAUGAUGAAUGGUGCUACAAAAUUGGACAACAAAGAAAUGGUUCCCUUCCCUGAAGAAUCUCUUACGCCAGAUAUCAUACAAAAUAUCUUUGUCAUUCGCAUGUAUGAACACAUAGCGUUUGCUAUGGAAGUCUGUGCCGGUGUCAUUAGUAGUAUCGAUCUUAAUCGAUGGAUAGAGUUUGAUUUCUGUCGCUAUUAAAACUUUGCAAUUAAAUAUUAAAUAC